UGUGUGUGUACACGAGCGGAGCAUUGAGCCCGGCGUCCCGGCGGAGCCUGCCCCGGCGCGGAGCCUGCCCGGCGCUCCCCGCGCUCCGCCCGCCCCGCAGCGCGGCCCGGCCACGGCCGGCGGCAUGGACGAUCAGUCCCGGAUGCUGCAGACUCUGGCCGGCGUCAACCUGGCCGGGCACUCGGUGCAGGGGGGCAUGGCCCUGCCUCCUCCCCACGGACACGACGGGGCAGACGGCGACGGCAGGAAGCAGGACAUCGGCGACAUCCUCCAUCAGAUCAUGACCAUCACUGACCAAAGCCUGGAUGAGGCACAAGCAAAGAAACACGCACUGAACUGCCACAGGAUGAAACCCGCCUUGUUCAGUGUCCUCUGCGAGAUCAAGGAGAAAACAGGUUUGAGCAUCCGAGGAGCCCAGGAGGAAGACCCUCCCGAUCCCCAGCUAAUGAGACUAGACAAUAUGCUUCUGGCAGAAGGAGUCUCAGGUCCGGAGAAAGGUGGGGGAUCGGCGGCAGCAGCUGCAGCCGCAGCAGCCUCUGGAGGGUCUUCAGAUAACUCUAUUGAACACUCAGAUUACAGAGCCAAAUUGACCCAGAUCAGACAAAUCUAUCACACAGAGCUGGAGAAAUAUGAACAGGCAUGUAACGAAUUUACCACACAUGUGAUGAACCUCCUCAGAGAACAGAGCCGGACACGUCCCAUUUCUCCCAAGGAGAUUGAAAGGAUGGUGGGCAUCAUUCAUCGAAAAUUCAGCUCCAUCCAGAUGCAACUCAAACAAAGUACUUGUGAAGCAGUAAUGAUUUUAAGAUCAAGAUUCCUCGAUGCCAGACGGAAAAGGCGUAACUUCAGUAAACAAGCCACAGAAAUCUUGAAUGAGUAUUUUUACUCCCACCUCAGUAACCCCUACCCCAGUGAAGAAGCCAAAGAAGAGCUGGCAAAGAAAUGCAGCAUCACAGUAUCGCAGGUGUCCAACUGGUUUGGCAACAAGAGAAUCAGGUACAAGAAGAACAUUGGGAAGUUCCAGGAAGAAGCCAAUCUCUACGCAGCAAAGACAGCUGUGACUGCAGCGCACGCCGUGGCUGCGGCCGUCCAGAACAACCAGACAAACUCCCCCACCACACCAAACUCUGGUUCUUCUGGUUCUUUUAACCUCCCAAAUUCUGGGGACAUGUUCAUGAACAUGCAGAGUCUGAAUGGGGAUUCUUACCAGGGGUCCCAAGUCGGAGCCAAUGUGCAGUCACAGGUGGAUACCCUGCGUCAUGUUAUCAAUCAGACGGGAGGAUACAAUGAUGGCUUGGGAGGAAAUUCACUGUACAGUCCACAUAAUUUAAAUGCUAAUGGAGGCUGGCAGGACGCAACUACUCCAUCUUCUAUGACUUCCCCUACAGAAGGGCCGGGAAGUGUGCACUCUGAUACCUCUAACUAAUCUCCUAGCAACACUUUUUCCCUGAGCUGAGAUGCCUUGAUUAGUGCAUUCAGAGUCACAGGAGAAAAAGGAAAGAGUUUUUUUGUAGCCAACCACCUACAGCUUUACUGUAAAACCUUGUCUUACUAGAAAACUUGGUAAAUCUGUUUUUUAAAGGUAUCAUAAUCAUUUGUAUUUAUACUUAAAACACAAAAUGUUAAAAAGCACUUUAUCCAAUUAGGCCAAGAUUUAGCAUUGUUUAUAGCCCUGUAACUAUUUUAUCAUAAUUUAUUAUCAGCAGUUUUAACAAUGUUGGUCUAACAGUUGCCAAUUACUUGGCCUUAAGGGUAAAAGUACAGGACAAGUUUAACCUCAAUAGCAAGAGCAGACACAAAGAAACACCUCACCUAAAUUUAACUUUGUGCAUAUUUCUGUGGAAAGUCAAAAUGAAUUGCAGACUUUGAUUGUGUUUAAUCUUUUCAUAUCUCUCAUAGAGCUGGAAUAAAAUGAGCUGUUUGGUUAUUUCGGUUAACAAUGGUUGUGUUUAAGAAUCCUUAUUCGUCACAUUUUUGUUGUGAUCUAUUGUCUUACAAAUUAGAAUGGAAACCAGGAGCAUCUUUUCUUGCUAAAACUACCUGGACCCCGAGUCUCCUCUCUGUGUUUCGACACCGGACAUAGGUUGUUCUUAGGAGAUGAAGAGACUUGCUGCUGAUCUCGGGGGAAGCCAGGACCUGGGGUUUUACAGUACGAGCUGGGUGCUGCACAUGCCUGCCGAAAUGUGUUAUCUCUACUUGGCAGCAAACCACAAACAAAGGAAAAAAGCACCAUCAUACGGAGUGUUGUACAUAGUGUAGCAAAAGAGUAUUUAUACAUCUCACCAAUCAAACACAGCUUUAUUACCUCAUGCGAACUCAUACAAACCAAUAGACUUUCAACAUGUUCUGUAGCUUAGAGUGCUCACUUACUACCUCUGAACGAUACUCACGCUGUAGUUUGUCUCUUUCUUAUCUUUUUGCAUCUUGUAAUUAACUCUUUGUUUCCCCAUGAAAUGUAAUGUACAUUGUAAUCUUUUAAAAGAAUCAGGGUUGCGUUGGCAACUUUUAAAGAAGAGAAAAUGGAAACAUGGGGACUUAGAUUUAACACAAAACAGUGAAACUGUUGUAAAUACUGAGAAACAUUUUGAAUGUUCUUCAUCUUGUUACUAAUCCACGCAAAAACCAACAACUAAUUGUAAUGCAUACAGACUUCAGUAUUCAGUACUGUAUCUUUCCCCCUGUGUAACAGGGGCCCUUUCUCUCUCUCUUUUGUAUUGUAUGCGAUUCUGAAACUGAUUGAGUCAUGAAAAUAAUUUGUGGCAGUGAUUCUAAUGUAUUAAACCGUUUCGUGUUACUUUCUAACUGGAUUACACCCUGGAUUGAAAAGUCUUCCUCGUGGUAGUUAUAUGUAGUUUCAAACAUGAAUAAACUUUUUGCUUUCAUGAUCAAA